AUGAGUCAAGAUCUAUACUUCUUAUAUAAGAAUUCAAAAGAUGUUGAAAUUAUUAAUAAUAUUAGAAAAGCCUUAAUUCAGAAAUUGAAAGAUUAUGGAACGGGUCACAAAGUUGGCCGCAUUUUAACUGAAAAACAUAUGUCGAAGACAUCAUCUAAACCUCUUAUCAAAACUUCUGUCACCCAUAAAGUUACACGUUCGCACGUGAAAGAAACAACCUCUGGGCGUGAUAAGUCUUUGUCUGAAGAAGAGAAACUGAAACGUUCGAAUCAGUCAACAAGAUCUUAUUUGAAAACAGUUUAA